AUGGAGCAAUUGGAGGUCAUUAUGCGGCAAAUCGAACAGCCUUUAAAGUUUUGGAAGCCGGAUUUUUCUGGCCAACUCUCUUUAAAGAUGCUCGAGCAUAUGUUGCACAAUGUGACAGGUGUCAGAGAACAGGUUAAUAAGUUGGAAGAACUGAGAUUAGUAGCUUAUGAAAAUGCAAGAAUUUUCAAAGAAAAAACAAAAAUCUGGCAUGACAAUUUGAUCCGACAGAAAAGUUUUCAAGUGGGAGAUCAGGUACUUCUUUACAAUAGUCGACUCAGGCUAUUCCCAGGAAAGUUGAAAUCCAGGUGGACAGAUCCUUGUAAUGUUACAGAUGUAACUCCAUAUGGUACAAUUGAAAUUCAACAAAAUAAUGGCGGAGACAAGUUUAAGGUAAAUGGACACAGGCUAAAAAUGUACUUUGGAGGACAUUUUGAGCAAAAUCCAUCGGUCACUUUGAUAGAUUGA